ACUUAGCUAUUUUAUUGACUGAUGGCACCGUUUGGAUUCAUGACAAGCAGGUGGCAGUUGAAAUGCCAAGUUUAUAAUGAACUGGAAUGCCUAGAUUUUGAAACAGCUUGACCUUUAAAAGUUCAUGGGUUUUUCAGUCUUAACAAGUCAGCCACUUAACUCAACAGGUUGUGGAGAGUAAAAAGAUUUAAGCAGCUUGUAUAAUAGAAGUAGAAGCUGAAGGGGAGUUUGAGACUCCUUUUAAGGGCCUCUAGACCAGGGCUUGGCAAACUUUGUUUAUAAAGGGUCAGACAGUAAAUUUUUCAGGCUUUAUAUAUCAUUUUUUUGGUGGCUGUAUAGCAGCUGUAGUAUAAAUAGUAUAUGAGUAUGGCCAUAUUUAAAAUUUUGUGACUUAGAAAUGUGAAUUUUAUAUAAAUUUUAUGUAUCCUGAAAGCUACUUAGAAUUCUUUUAUCACCAUAAAAUAUAAACACUGUUAGCUGGGUGAGGAGAGACUUAAAAAUAUAAGGCAGCUAAUGGAAUUUAGCCAACUAGUUGUUCGCCCAUCCCAGACUUAGCAAAUUUCCAAGAGCUGACGGACAGGGGUGGCCUUGUAAGGUUUUGUUUAGUGAAAACCUUUCUUUCGGCUGCAGUUAUUUAAAUUUUCAAACAUGUUUCCCAUGUUAAUUUCAGCUGCAAGAAAUUAAGAGGGGUGAUAUAAUUCAGGCAGGGUCAGGAAAGAACUUUGUAGUCACUUUAUAACUACUAACUAUUUUAGUAUUUGGGGGUGGGUAGGUGGUGUUCCGGCCUCCUUCCGGAGCGGAGCUUUAGGGCUCACACUUGGCGGGGCUGGAACCCCGGGGUGCCGGGACCGAGCCCAGGCCAGCUGCAGCAAGGCAAGCGCCCUCGCCGCUGUACUCUCUCUCCGGCCCCGUAACUACUAAUUAUUGACUUUUAAUGACUUAAUAGGUGAUGGCUGAUUACUAGUAAGUGUAUAGAUUCUCACUUUUCAGGGACCUGGCCAAGUUGUGUCACGUGCCAGGCUUUAGUUAUUUAGGGGACAAGCUAAGGUGAGAAGGGGUCAGCUUGGACCACAGAGCUCACUCAGUGGGCAGGGCGCGGGCCCAGGUCUUCGGAGGGUAACAGAGCUCUCUUCUCCGAGCAUCUCCCGGGGGACCGCGACUUGCCCGCCAGGGGCCGUUUAAUCCGAGGAGAGCCAGCGGGCCGCCGCGUCGGGGUCUCGGAGCUAGGGACUAGGGACGGCCCGCCCACCCACGCGUGUGCCCGCGCGGUCCGGCCGGCAGGGGGCGCCUUCCCGGCGGGACUGGGCCGCGGCCGGCCAUGGCGCUCUGGCUCACCGUGGCGCUGCGCGGCCUGCUCGGCGGCUUCUUCGUGCUCACCGGGACGGCGAAGCUCUCGGGGCGCAUCUCCGCUCCCGCGUCCGAGCAGAUGAGAGCCCUGUUCGAGCAGUUCGCCGAGGUAUUCCCACUGAAGGUGUUCGGCUACCAGCCCGAUCCCCUGAGUUACCAGGAGGCCGUGGGCUGGCUUGAGCUGCUGGCUGGGCUGCUGCUAGCCCUGGGCUCACCGGUGCUGCAAGAGAUCAGCAACUUGCUCCUGACCCUGCUCAUGAUGGGGGCCAUCUUCACUUUGGCGUCUCUGAAAGAGUCUCUGAGCACCUGCAUCCCGGCCCUCGUCUGCCUCGGGCUCUUGCUGCUGUUGGAUCUCUGCCGCCUCUUAUUUCCAGCUGAAGAGGUGGUGACCCUCGCCAGGCAGACUCCAAGUGCACCCAAGGACUUCCCGCGGUAGAGACCCUUCCCUUUGCUUGCUGUGCUGCUGGCCACGGCAAGAGCAGGAGCAGGCGCAGGCUAGCACCCUGUUACAGAGACGGCCGGUGUUGAAGCAGAUGCCUCACCAACCAUGCCCGGCUUCCUCUGCCGGGCAGUUGUGACCCUUUCUGGAAAGGUACACACAUCUUUCCCAGGCCAUGUGAAAAUUAAACAACAAAUUGAAAUCA